GAUAUAUAGUAGGCAUUAAAAAUAUAAAAAAUUCGAAUAACUAAAUUUUUGCUUGAUAGAAUAGAAAAUAAAAUAAAAAAAAUAAAAACAAAAUUGCCAGUUAAAAUGCACAAGACCUGGAAGAAACCACUGCACAAGCGCAAAGUCUGGGCGAAGAUAUCAUGGCCGGGUCGCUUGGUCUAUUACAUGCAGCCUCUGGUGGAGCACCUGUUUGACAUUUGGCUGCAGCAGUUGCCCUUUCCGACGCUGCUGAAAUGCGUUUAUACGUGCGGCAUGCUCUUCUUCAUAUUGCUACCCGUUCUGUACCCAAUGAUGGUUUUGGGGCUCUACUAUGCCGUGUUCCAGUACGUCGGGCAAAAGCAUUUGGAUGUUGUCUUUCCGCCAAAUUGGGAUCUACUUGGCGCCGCAUCGAAUCUGUGGUACUUCCAGGUCACCAACAAGAAGUACAUGCUGUUCGUAACGAUGUACAUUGAUCGAUAUCGGGUCAUUAUAACGGCCAUAUCCUCCACUGUGGACUAUAUGCGUAUGGCAUUGUGCUUUGUAUUUGGUUAAGACGGAUCUGAGUUUUUCCCUGAUUCCCCGAUCGUUCGUUGCUGAUAAACUUUUGGAACAAUAAAUUCUCUAGUUGUAUUUUAAGUUAA